GUGGGGGAAACAGGCUCGUAUUGUGCUUUCGUCACGGAUCUUUUAAGAAUUUUGGAGGAAGUUGCGACAAAGUUCCCCGUGCCGUGAAAGGUUAGGUGGCAUAGCUUAUGGGAAUCUCGCGACGGUGGGAGAAUCCUGUCGGUGGACAAUUCAUACAUAUAUAUUCCCAGUCGAACCGUUCACCACAGGCAGAACGUUUCAACCGCCGUACACAGCACAUCUCUCCCUGAAACGUUAUUGUUAACACCGUGAAUAUGAUUAAGUACGCCGUCCUUUUCUCCAUGUGCAUCGUCAUGGGACAAUCCCAGCGGCCUUUUUACGCCGGAGGCCGGCCGUACCCAGAGGUACUGCCCAGGUUUCAGAACAAUGAAACCAGCACGACGAGUUCGACCACGUCGACCACAUCAACCCUAGCUGACGUUACCCUGGUUAACCGAGUCGGAGAAAAUACAGGAUCAACCACCGUUGUUCCUGUGGACAACGCACCGACAAAAUCGAAUCCCGCGUCACCAGCAUCGUCCUCGACGCAGAACCCCCUACUCCAGGCUCUUGGAUUUGGGGAAACUGCGAAGAAAGUCGAGAGCUGGCCAGCGGAGCUGCAACCCUUCUGGUGGGUGAACCGACAGCAAAUCGCUGAGCACCUCAACCCGGUCAAUGGUCAGCAAAACGUCGUCCAACCCGGAGUCGCAUCGCGUGGAUCCUUUUUCAGCGGAUAACUGUGAUCGCGCUUUUGAAUCUGCGAAAUUGACUAUGAAAUUUCACGACGCGAAUAUUUUUUCUUCGUUUUUUUACUCUACCUCUCUAUUUUCGGCUGACUCGUAGUCCCAGAACUCUUCGUGUUUCAGGGGCUGUGAGAAUUGGCAAACAGUGCUACCGCGUAGCGGGAAGAGUGUGAUACAGACUGAUAGACCGCCAGUGAAUUGUAUGGAAAAAAGCGCGGGUGCGCGUGAUGCUCGCGAUAACUACCCAGUUUCACCAUUCCUAUUUUUCUCUUCGAAUUCUUAUCCUAACACAGUUGGUACUGUUGUUAACCUUGGACACUAGAAUGACCAUUUUGUUGUAAACAUUUAACGCACCGCUUGGUCAAACUUAUUUCUUUGGUGCGUUGCCUGUUUGUACGAAAAUGAAUGUCGUGAAUUAUUAGUGAUACUCCCGAUACAUAAAAAUCGGUAUUGAGAUUCCUUUAUUGUUUCACUUGUUUCCAUCGCCUGAUUUUACAAAGAGUGAAUAAGUCAGAGCAUUUCAUCUUACGUAUGACCAAAUUGAGUUGAAGCAAUGAAAUUUUUAAUUCUGUUAACUGCCAGUGGUAUCAACUCAUCACGGUAUUAAUUCAUUGCGUUCAAGAAUAAGGAUUUAGUUUAUGAUAAAUUUAGUGAUUUUUACUACAUUCGUUUACUGUACUGAUAAUAGCAGUUAGCAACUAGUAAAUGUAUGCAAAUAAAUCUCGAAAAAUUCUUGUCAAAACUUA